AUGCUGCACUGCACUAUCUGCGGUGUCGUUAUCUCUCCGGCUCAUUGGGCACCUGAGCAGGUAUACGGUGGGGAGUGGCACAAAGCCCUGUGCAUAGUCCGCCGCGAGGGAACUGAGGCCCCUGCCUGGCUUCGCGGUGUCGGUUACACCAACUACCAGGACGAGAUCUUUGUCCCCCUCGAGGGCGAUGACCUUCUCAGCCCUUGUCGAGGGCUUCCGCCAUAUGGCCGAUUCUUCGAUCCGGAUACUGGCUGCUGGACAUUCCCUUUUCAUGCGGCCUGCUGGGAUAUCUUGCUGCAGCGAAUCCCCGAGGCCGCUUCUAAUAUUUCCCGGGUUGCGACAAUUUUGUACAAUGUGUUCUACUGUACACCAUGGAGCCCAGACGGUUUCCUUCAGCCGGGGCAUGACUUUGAGGGAGCGGCUCGGUUUCAAGACCCUAGAUGGAACCCGGUCUCAACGAUGAAAAGUCGGGGAUACGCCAAUCUUUUGGCAAGCCCUUCUCGACUAUCUAGCCUUGAAGGUAUCGUCCGACCAGCCGAGGAUCGCAGUGCCCCGUCACUUGUUAUUCGAAGGUUUGCCAUGAUAGACGAUAUCUUCGCCCGCCUUCCUGUCGAGGUCUUAGUUACAGUCCUUACUUACCUCCCUUCUUCAUCUGUGGCAUGCCUACGGCUGGCAUCCAGGUCUGUUGCCUGUGCGACUAACCCGACGUCGCUCCCACAGCAUUUCUGGAAGAGUCGAUUCCUCCCAAGCUUCGAAAUGGGCUUUGCGUUGCCGACCGACACCAAUGGCCGGCAGGAUUGGCGUGAUACUUACUUCACUAUUAAGGCUGCAUUGAGUCAUGACCAUGCCUAUGACGGACUGAAAAGCAGGCGUCGUAUUUGGAAGAUCGUCAGCGUUAAUGCGAUUUUAAUCGAGCAACACAUGAGCGAUGUUGUCUUAUGCGGCCAUUCUUGCUCCCGUGAUGACUCCUUGGCGUCUCAAUCUGAUAGCGAUGCUGUUCAACGAUUGUCAACCCGGUUCGUCACAACCCAGCUUACGACAAACACCCUUGGGCUUCUUCAAUCGGGAAGCAGAAAUAUGUUUGGCCGGACCAUGCUCGUGCCGGUGAUGAAGGGUGCAAUUACCCUGGUCGAAUUUGCAACCGUCAGUUUCAAUUCGCGUGUAUUCAUCUCUGGCUUCCGGUUCACGCUAGAUGACGCGGUUGCUGGGAACCAGAAAACCCGUUGCCUGGGCUAUACCUCUUACACAAUGCAACCUGUAGCCAGCCCCUCGGCAUUGGAACGUGUUGUAGCAUUUGACUUGGCCAUAUGCGCCGGCGGACUUGUUGGGGUCCGGCUUGUCUUGCAGAGUGGCUCUGGUACCAAUAGGACCGGAUGGGUAGGUGGCGCGGACCCUAAUGGAGCAGAUGUUGUAUUCGGGGAGAUGUUUUGGGGGAAGGCUGUGGACCAGAUUGGCAUCGUGGCCAGCUUUGACGCAUUCAAAAUGGUUGCGUUCGGCAUCAAUGAUGGCAAAUUGCCAGGCACUGGACAUUCCCAGUCAGGAAGGCCCCUGCCCAUCUGGACGCCCUCCUUCCCGACGGAGACAUCGAGGCUCUGUCCCGAGCCCCAACCCUUGGAAUACCAGAAAUUCAAUCGAUUCUUGAAUAUUGACUUUGGUGGGGUCCACGUCCGAAGGAUCGCGCAUCUAACACGGAUUGUAGCCCACAUGUUCACCCCUGAGGCUCCGCUGCUACUGACAAAUUUCGAAAACGAGGUUACUUUCAAGGCCAACCAGCUGGCCGAUAUCUCAGCGUUCACACGUCCAUUCGCCGAGCCCGAGAAUAUCCAAUAUACGAAAAAGACUCUCCGAGCGCCGAAUGGGUACAGUAUUUCAGGCUUCACGUCAGUCCUCGAGGCCACCAGUGGUUCCUUUCAGACAUUUGGUUUGCAGUGUGGAAAGGAGGAUGGCAACCUGUUGCCCAGAGGCGAUCUGCCAAUGCUCCCGCUGGAUAGUCGGACAUCUCCUGCGGACCUCCCCUCAUUCAAGGGGGUCAAGCUAGUGUGUUUCUCGCGGGGGUGCCACGGCCGUCCACGCCGAUCCGACGAGAUCUCAGGCUUAUGGCUAGAGUACAAUAAUGAUUCACGCCCCUGUAUUGUUGGGCAGUGGAUUUCCGAGACCGAGACCUUCACUCUAGAGCCGGGCGAAACGAUAACCGGGAUAACGGUGUGGUUGUCUAAGUGCAGAGUGUAUUUCAGUAAAAAGUACCCCCUUGGUCGCGUGGUCCGCAUCGCCAUUUCGACUCCCACGCGCUGCAAAGUAUGCUCGCUGGGAGGGACUCCGAAGGGAAGCCAACACAUGAUCCUGAAAUUUAAGGAUAAUCGUCUGGAGGAACUAUCUCAACUUAUAUGGUCAUUUAAUGACUGCUGGGACCUUCCCUAUGUCACCUUGACCACAAAGGUGGCUAGUGACCAUUUGUCCCUUUGGGACCCGUUGGAUCUCUGCGCAGGUCGUCCAUUGAUGUGUCCCGAAAGGGUGUUCUGGAAAUCAAAUGAAGACACCAACAGUCUUUUAUCAAUUGCAUGUUUCACAAGCUCUGGCAAAUCAUGUUUCUCAGGCUUAGAGGACCGACGAAGAAUUGUGGGAAUCAGGGUCACCUAUGAGUCCGGUCAUUCUUUUGAUCUGGGCACAGUGAGCGGUACUACCAUGUUCCCGGAGCUAUCCUUCGAUCCUGACGACUGCAUCACGCAAAUUGAACUUUUCAGAGAUAACCUUGGAUUGAACGAUGUCUCGUUUUCAGCCAUGAAUACGAGAAGUAAACGAUGCACUACAAAGAGAUUCGAUGACCCCUCCGGUUUCCCGCUGGGAACCAUUGGACGUAAUGUUCAUUAUACAAUCAAUUUUGCCCAGCGAAAGUGCUGGUGGGCCUUCGUUCCCACCGAAAAAUUCGACCCUGUGGGCCCAAGCUAUCAAAAUGAUCUUCUCCAGGGUGAAGUCAUUGGCCUUUAUGUCGUCUCUGUGUUCGAACAAGGGUUAUACAUUGGACUGCUAUUAUACCAAAAAGGCUCUGAAUGA